AUGCUUAGGCCAUUACAUCCACCAAAAGUCUCAGUCCACAAUUUCUCUUCAUCCCUACAUGUUUUCUACCCUGCUAAUUGUGCUUGCUACAAGUACAACCAUCUACAAACAUUUCCUCCAUGUAUGGCACAGGAAUACCUUAUCCAAUCAUCAUGCAAGGAGGGUGAUGAUUCUGAACAGCCCUUUGUAACUGGUGUGAUAGUAUUCACUUCCACACCGGACAAGAUAUCGAACAAGUACUACUUAGGGCCGGCCCCUUUGGAGGAGAUGGCCAGGCAGAUCGCGACGGCCUAUGGCCCAUGCGGCAACAACAGGGACUACCUUUUCUUGCUGGAGAAGGCCAUGUUUAAUAUUGGGCAUGAAGAUGACUAUGUUAUCGAGCUGGCAAACGAGGUGAGGAAGGUGCUUCUAAGCCUUAGCGGUUUGUCGUCACCACUGAAAAUGAAGGCUUCCACCGGAGCAAUCGGAUUGGAUUCGACGCUGAAGAUGAAGGUUUUGGGUGGAGCAAUUACCAUGGAUUCGUAGGAAGAAGAUGAGCACAUUUCUCUAACAUAAACAGAGACAAUAAAUAUGUUCUUUUAUUUUCUCCUAGUAUGAGAGUUUCAUCGGCCAAUCUAUCAUUUGGCUGCCUUACAUUACUAUUUUCCUUCCUUUUUACCUAAUCGAAAUACCACUU